UCCGUACUAGAUCCAGCCGACGAAGUCGCUACACUCAUAGCUGCCGCAGUUCAUGACCUUGAUCAUCCCGCGCGAACAAAUCCGUUUCUUGUAAAUAGCAGACAUGCCUUGGCUAUUUUAUACAAUGACAUAGCCGUACUUGAGAGCCAUCAUGUUUGUUUGGCCUUUCAACUAACAAAAAGGGAUGAAAGAGUAAACAUUCUUCAGAAUAUAAGCACAGAUGAUUAUAAAACUCUGCGAAAAUUCAUCAUAGAUAUGGUUCUAGCUACAGAGAUGGCUCGGCACUUUGAACACAUGAACAAGUUUGUUACUAACAUCGGCAAGCCACUAUCGAUGAAACAUGAGGAUCCUGACGAUAUCUCUACAGAUAGUAGGUCCAGCUUGCAGUCUUCGACAUCGUCAGCGGAUGGCAUAGCCUCACUUAAUUGUAAAGAUUUGACGCGGAAGAUGAGCUCCCCUACUUUGGUUAGUCUGAUACAAAACAACGUAGAAAACCGGGCUAUCCUGAAGAGAAUGCUAAUCAAGUGUUCCGAUGUCAAUAACCCGACCAGGCCGCUGCAGCUCUGUAAAGAGUGGGCGGUCCGAAUAGCAGAGGAAUACUUUGCACAAGUACGAGUCCAGUAG